AAACAACUAAAAAAAACACCAAAUAACAGCAUUUUACAGAGGAAGCAAAGAGCAUAAAAACGCGCCUGUAAAAGAGGAGCGUUUUCUCUCCUUUCUAAAACGCGACUUGGAUUGUCUUGUUGAUAUUAGGGUCUACAGAAGAGCAGCAGCUCUGCAACCAAGAGCUCGCCGGUGUCCGCGCACAGAGAGUGGGAGAAUGCAGAGUGCGACGUCGUUUUCGAGGUUUGGACGGUCUGUGCAGGCCGCGGUGCGACUGUUCUCCACAUCUGCAUCGAAGACCGCGGGCGAUGAGAAGAUCGUGGCCGCCGUUCUCUUCGAGAGGCUUCCCGUCGUCAUUCCUAAAAUCGAUCCUGUAGUCUAUGCUUUUCAAGAGUUCUCGUUCCGAUGGAGACAACAGUAUCGACGGGAAUACCCAGAAGCUUUCUUGAAAAAAGCCGAGGCUAGUUUCCUCCAGUUAUUUAUCGCAGUAGCUCAAAAGCUUGCUAGAAACUUCUAUUCUUAUAUGAAGCCAGUUGUUCUUUAUAUUUUGUCUCAACGCCAAGAAAAGCUUAAUAUUUGGCUAGGUAUGAAAAUGAGAUUGGGAAAAGGAGAUUAUCAAAUUGACUUUACGCCAGCUCCACGGAUCACUGAAGCAGAUAAAAGUAAUGACAAACGGUCAUUACAGAGAGCGCUCGACCGGAGGCUCUAUCUUCUCAUUUAUGGCACUGCCUAUGGUUCUAAUGGGGAACCCGUCUGGCACUUUCCAGAAAAGAUUUAUGAAUCUGAACAAACAUUGCGUAAGUGUGCUGAGUCUGCCUUGAAAUCGGUGAUUGGAGACCUUAGCGAUACUUAUUUCGUUGGAAAUGCUCCAAUGGGCCAUAUGGUUAUGCAGCCAUCAGAAAAAGAAAAUGACUCGGCUCUUAAGCGAUUCUUUUUCAAAUCUCAAGUCAUUGCCACAACCAAGUUCAACAUAGGCAAGUGUGAAGAUUAUGUUUGGGUGACAAAGGACGAGCUGUUGGAGUAUUUUCCCGAGCAAGCUCAGUACCUAAACAAGAUGAUCAUCAGCUGAUAUUUUGUGUGCCCUUCACCUCCAUAGCUUUUUUUGGAAAUCUUAAGGGAUGCCCUUUCAAAGUAUUAGAAAGAAAACAUAAUUUUGAAGAUGACUAAGUCUCGAUGGGUGGUGCCCGUUCAAGAUUUUUGUAGUUUGUUCUUUGAAUGUAAUAAUUAAUUAUCAUGGGCUUUUUCCAUUUGUGCUGAUCUCCAUUUCGCUCCUGAAUAUAGAGAAUUGACAUUGUUGUUUCCAAUUUAGUGCUUAUCUUGCAGGUAUCAGGGUUAGCAUUUGUGACUUCCUAUUUCCUUGGAUUUUUCAUGUGGUGUUUGAUUGGUGGUGUAUCUAUUUGGUUUAAGUGGUUCACUAUAUUAUUCUACGCUUUUGCCUUUUCUAA